AUGGGAGGCGGCGCUCGCGUGGGGUCGGCGGCAGGUGUGCGUACACCUGCCGCUGACACAGAGGACGGCUUCCUCGUUGAGUUCAACCGGUCAGAUGACCUUCCCGAGUUUCUGCAAGACCUUGCCAAUGAGUGCAAGGCGUCAGGCUCGCCGACUUCUUCUGCAUUCGCGGGGGCGGCAGCCGGUCAAUCGUUUUCGAAAGGAAGGCGCCGGCGCGUGGGGGCCGGCGCCACUGAGAAGGACGAGCGCGCGCCGCCGCCGAUCGUCGGCUUCAGCGCUCUCACGCAGGCGGCUUCUGCACUGGUUAAAAACCUUGCACACAGGCAGAAGAAGGCAGCGAGGAGAGAAAAGGAGAGGGAGAGAGAUAUCGCUCUAGGCGCGCAGGACGCCGGAGGCAAGGAGACCGCAGACACCGAUGACGACGACGACGAGUUCGGCUCGCGCGCUUCCUUCGUGAAGGCCACACUGUCGCAGCGCUCGCAGCGUGCCCAAGAACUCCUGAAGAAGUCAGAAGCAAGGGGAACUGCAGCCAAGGCCGCAGGUGCAACGAAGGCAACCGCUGCGGACAAGCUGCAGCGACAGAAUCAAGUCGGCACUCUGGAGGACGCGAAGAGGAGGAAAAAGAAAAAGCAGACUGGAGCUCCGGGCGAGACAAUCCAGAGUGGAGCCGGCGAGAAAAAAGGCACCGCGAAAGAAGAUGGAGAAGAGGCCUCCACGGAGGACAGAACAGGAGGUUCUGCAGCGGCAGACCGAGUCGCCGUGAAAGACAAAGACAGACACGACGACCAGACGGACAGAAAAAAGAGAAAGAGAGAGACAGGUCGCGAGCCUGAGGCGACGCCCUCCGCGAGAACGGAGUCACCUGAGGAGUGUGAGAAAAAGCACGCGUCGAAACAAAAGAAGGCUCAUAUAUUGAAAGACCGAGCGGCUGAGAAGCAAACGCGUGCAUCGCCGCCCUUGCCGUCGGGCUCUAGUCCCUCUGCGGGAGGCAAGCACCGGGACAUCGAUGGGAUUGGGCACCAGGGGAAGAAGACGAGGGAUAAGCUCGGCGCGGGCCCACAGAUUUCCCACCACCAGCAAAGUGCAAAUGGAGAGAAAAACCGAGACAGCCAACUGCCGCAUAGCCUACCAUGGGAGCGCUCUUCAGGGAAAACGAUGCAGGGGCGAACGAUAAAAAUCCGCCGCGCUGUCGGCACCAACGGAGAGGAGAAAGCAAGAAGAAAAACCAAAACGCGCAGCCGCCAGAAAAACAUUCGAAAAGACAACCGCCCUGACCACAUGGUAGAGUUUGAUUCUGUGUGCGAGCGUGGACAGCUACCACCGUGA